AUGAUUAUUUCCUCAUCUGCUAACUCUUCUGUUGGAUCAAAUAUUGCAAAUCCAUUUUCCAGAUAUUCAAAUAUUAUAAGAAUUGGACAAGGAGCGUUUGGAAGUGUUUACAAAGUGACAGAUUCAAAGACAAACAAGUUGAAGGCGAUCAAGAUUGUUAAAUUUGAAAACCUUACAGAUUUGAAUACAAUUAUGAAAGAGGCAUCUCAAUUGAGUAAUAUUAAUCAUCCAAAUAUUAUCAAAGUUAAUGACUAUUUCAUUACCAAUGAUAAUUUAUUGAUUAUUGACACAGAUUAUUAUGAAUCAGGAGAUUUAACAAAAUUGAAACAAGAAAUUUGCAGUGAAAAGAUUAUCAAACAAAUUUUGAAGCAAAUGCUGACAGCUUUGAGAUUCGUUCACGAAGAAAUGCACAUUAUCCACAGAGAUAUUAAGCCAACUAACAUUUUUAUCAAGAAAUUAUCAAGUGAGAAUAUUGACAUUGUAUUAGCAGACUUUGGAUUGGCUAAAAAGUAUCAAGAAAUGACUGGUCAAUCCUAUGUUGGAACUCCACUUUUUAUGAGUCCUGAAGUUGCACUUGGUAGUUCGUAUUCAUUCAAUACAGAUAUUUUCUCUUUGGGUGUUUCAAUAUAUCAAAUCAUGACCAAUGAUCAAGCAACUUCGAUUAGUAACAUGCUAAUGGGAAAUCAAUCAGAGAAUGCAACAAAAAUAUUGACCAAUCAAAUGAAGGAAUCUAGUCAGAGUGAAUAUUCUGAGGAAUUGAUAGAGAUAGUUUUGAAAAUGUUAGAAAAAGAUGCAAAUCAAAGGCCAUCAGCAUCCCAGUUGCUAUCUCUUAAAUAUUUCAAGUAA